CGGAAAUCUUUCUGAUGGCAGCAGUGGCCUUUCCAUAUAGUAAAAACUUUUUUAAAUUGUUGGGCAGACUUUUUUGCUAUUUAUUUAACUAUUUGAUUAAGUUUCAUAACAAGAUAUUUCAAGCUUUAAAACAUGGAUGAUGAACUUAUUAUUAAACGAAAAUUAAUCUUUGAUGGUGAUGGAUUGGGAGAUGAACGUCGAAUAAACUUGUUACUAAAAAUGAUUGCAAAAUGGAUCAAUGCAAAUAAUUCUAAUGAAGAAAAUCAAUCUAUAUUUAAUACAUUAUUUUCGCAGAUUUCUGCUAUGGAACAUGCUAGGCGCAAAUCUGAACUAAUGAAAGCAAAUUACCAAAAAGAAUCUAUUAGGUAUCAAGAAUAUAAAGAAGAAUUAGAAGCAAAUAUCAACGUUAUUAAAAACGCAAUAGAUUCCAGCAAAGUUUUGCUAUUGGAAGUGAGAAGUUCUAAACAACAAAAAUUAAAUUAUGAUUUGAUUGCUAAAGAUAUAUCAUUGGAGCCCUCAAGAGCUGAAACCUCCGAGUGUGUAAAAGAACUCCAAAAUGGUUUAUUAAAAAUGAAAAAAAACGACACUAAUUUAAAGAAGGAAUGGUCUAUUUGGAGGAAACAUUGUAGUGUUAUAGUGACAACUGCAAAUCAGUUAAACUCCAUAAUAGAUAAAAUGAAGUUUGAAUAAGAGUUACCAUUUUUGUUGUAAUCUUAAGUAUUUUUUAUUUCUUACUCAUUAAAUAAUACAAGAACCUAAUGUUGAUAUUAAUAUUUUAACUGUUAUGUAAUAGGUUUUUUAAAUGAAAAAAAA